AUGAACAACCCACACGGUUUGCCCGCCCGGCCCAAUUUCUCCGCUACGCCUCAAGCAGGACCAUCUCAACCUCGUCCUCCUACCCAAGCCCACGGUCAAAACCAACGUAGAGGUCGGCCUCAUCAGAACCAGCAGCAACAACAGCAAUAUCAAGGUGAAGCAAAUCCAUCAUUAUCUUACAACCCUUAUGCAAAUCAGGCAUCUUAUACAGGUGGAUAUCCGCAAUAUGGACUUCCUCAACCUCCUUCCUAUGGAAUGAUGGGAAGUAGCGGAGGUUAUCAGCAGCCGAAUAUCUCAGGUGGUUAUCCUUCUUUCUUGCCUUCCCAACCUACGUACCCUCAGUAUCCUCAAUACCCUCAGUUGUCCAAUCAGUUAUCUGCUCAAGCGCUAUUCCACCAACCACCUCAGCCGCAAGUAAACUCCGGUGGUUAUUCCUAUUCGUCUACUUAUGCUGAAUCGCAACCUCCUGCCAAACGACAGCGUCCGAACUCGAAAUCGCAAGCUAGCUCAGUUAUACAAUCAUCGGGAGUCGGGCCUGGUAGUGGUAGUGCCAGUGGUAGUGGAAAGGGGAGUGUAGGAACGUGGAGGAACUGUUCUCAUCCCGGUUGUAAAUUUGUCGGACCAUCUGAGAAAGUCCAGAUUCACGAAGAAGAUAGACAUCUAAUAUUUGUUAAUGGAAAGAUGCCACAGAGGAGUGAAGAAGAAGAGAGAUAUGCUAGGAGGAAAGGUCCACCACCACCUAUUCAAGGUACGAAUAUCACGCUCAAUACGCCCGAGGAGAUUGAAAAGUGGAUAGCGGAGAGAAAAGCUAAAUGGCCAAGCGCGAAACGUAUACAAGAGAAGGAAGAAGAAAGGACUGCGGCUAUCGCUCGAGGGGAGAUUCCCGCACGAGGUAAACGGAAGAAGAUGGACGCCGCUUCUCUAGCUGAAGAAUGGGGUCGACCCGUAAAUGUCGAUGAUCAAUCUGGUGGUGAAAGGACAAGAAGGGGAAGAGGUAGAGGUAUAGAUAUAGAUAGAGGAUCGAGAGGCAGAGGACGAGGAAGAGGUAGGGGUGGGCAUAUCGGACAUACGAUAACAGAAACUGGUGAUCAAGCUUGGAGUCAAAUCACCACUCUACCUUCCAUCAAACCAAAAAGCUCUCAAUCAAGUGCUAAGCCAAGUAUCAAUGCUCUAUCAGCUUUAGAGGGAUAUGAUACACCUACUUCAUCAAGUAAAUCGAUCGACUCAAGCUCGGAUGCCGAAUCAGAUAGCGACAGUAGCAGUGGUAGUGGUAGCACUACUUCAAGUGAUUCGUCUUCAGAAAAUGACUCAUCGGAAGAUGAAUCGAUUUCGAAAGACGAAGACCAAGCUGCGUCAAAUCAGGACCAAGCUGCAGUGAAUACUCCCAUAUCAACGAAAGGAAAAAAAGAGAUAUGCAAGUUCUUCAAGAGGAAUGGGAAUUGUAAAUUCGGUAAUAAAUGUAGAAAUUUACAUAUGAUCGACGAGGAUACGACAUCUAUCGAUGUCAGAGGUAAUUCACACUCUAGACAACCUCAAAUUCAAUCUACAAAUAGUAAGAAACAAAAUCAUUUCGCCAGACCGAGCAUGUUAGGAUCGUUACUGUCCAACCCUAUCCAAAAUACCAUCUCACAGCUCUCACAGACCAUUCGAUUCCUAGUGGCCAAUAACAUGCUGGAGGGAGUCGAACUGAAUCCCGGUGAUGCCCAAGCACAAGAAGAUGAGAAGAACAAAAUUACGGAAAUUGAAGAAACAACAUAG